AUGAUACCAUCUCUCCUAAAAUUCAUCACUGUAGCACGGGUCCCACAACACGUGGCGGUCCGCGAUUGGUCAAUUUUUUUUUUUUAAAAAAAAAAAAUCAAAAUGAAAAAAAUAAAAAAUUUAAUAAUAAAAAAUUAAGAAGAUGAACCUCAAAGGGGAUUCACUGAUGCUCAUGCUCUAAGCUAAUAUUGCUGUACAUUUAAAAUUUGCAAUAAUAUUUUAUAGACUGACAAAAUUCUUCUUUGAAAGUACGAUUGUUCUGUAAAGAUUUAAUCACAUGUAAAUAUAAACAAAAAUAUAAAAUUUGAAGCAAUAAGAACGUAGAUCAAAUUACGUUCGGUUAAGUACAAAUUGUACAAUAAUUUCUUGAAUUAAAACUCUUAACCGAAUAAAAAGAUCUGUGAAAGUUUUGGGUAUUCCUUUUCUUUUCUUAUCACGAUGAAGUUUUUGUGUGUUCAUGAAUGGAAAAGGGCUUUAGUGUAAUUGUCAUGGGAAGUUAGUUUAAUAACAGAAGGUAUUACCGAAGAGGACAGCUUUAGAGGAACGUGGGCCACUGACAGUGUUUUAGGCUGUCGGUGGAGAAAACAAAAAAAACAUGUAAUAUGACAGAUUUCGAUUAUUCAGUUAUUUUUAAUCAUAUAUUUACCUAUGUUUUCCAAAAUUUAAACCCUUAUAAUUGUAUUGCCAACCGAGAGAAAGUAAUUAAUUUGUAAAAUGAUAUUAUAGGUGGUUUACAAACUUGAAAUUCAUAUUACUUAUAUUAUUGAAAUAUUGACAUUUAAAUAAAACGAGUCGGCCAAUAUAUCAAUUUUUAGAUGUUUUCCUAACAAACAACAAUAUAUCAAUUUAGUUUUUACAGAAUCAAAUGAUUCUUUUUUUUUUUUUUUUUUUUUUUUGUGACCGACUAUAACGAUGAUACACAAUUGACCAUUUCAUAUUUUCUCCAACAUGAUGUUCACGUUAAGGACCUUAAAGUCUCGAAAUUAGCCAUUCGAUGUAUGAGACAAUAGAGGGUUAGUAAACAAUCUUUGUCAAUACGUGGAAACGAUGAGACUACCACUCCAAAUUAUUAAAUUCAUAUCAUAUUAAUACGUACAUCGCUAACCCACAAGGGGGUCUCUAUUACUAAGUGUUGGUUUACUUUUGUAGUAUUCGUUCGUUCGUUCUCGUUUUGUUUAUUGGAUGACACCUUAGACCAUGCGCAUUGAGGUAUCAUGCGGGGUUCACGGGCUCGAGUUCAUAGGCCCAAUUGAUUAAAAACACAUAAAAAAAGGGUUUGUUUCGCCGAACCGGGCCUUACGGGUGAACUCGUAAGGGGCGGGUUCACGCCACGUGUCCUCCUCUCAGUGGCUUCUCCUUUCCGCGUUGGCGAGAGAGAAAGAAGGGUCUCGGCGUCUUGAUUCAUUUCUCUCAUCUCCGUAAAAGCUAGGGUUUUUUUCUCUCUGAGGCGAUUCUCUGUGCGACCUCCAUCUCCGGCGGUAUUCUCCAGCAAAUCCACUCUGGUUUCUCUUCUCCACCUCUUAGAUGGAAACUCCCCGAGAACCUCAUUUCUUCAAGCCUCUUCUUCCUGGUUUUCACAGUGGCGUGGCAAUACCACUUGACUUCUACUCAAAACACAUACAAGGGGCUGAGAUCAAUAAACCAUGGAAGCUAAGAUCGGACGCUUCGGAUCAAAUUUGGGAGGUGAUCCGAGAAGGCAGGACACUCACCAAAGGUUGGAAAGAGUUCACCGAAGCACAUGAUCUUCGAAUCGGUGACAUUGUCAUCUUCAAACACGAAGGAGACAUGGUCUUUCAUGUGACUCCUUUUGGUCCUAGCUGUUGUGAGAUUCUGUGGUCCGACGCGGAUGAUGCUCCUACUUUCUCAUACGACUACUGCUUCUUGGCUGAGGUUACUCCUACAAAUCAAAAGGACGACAAAAUGUUUCUUCCUGUGGAAGCUAUGAGGUGUGGUGCUUUGAACCAACAAUGCAAAGAGGUCAAACUUGUCAACAAGGAGGGAAAGUCAUGGACUGCACGCUUCGGAUUUAGCGAAUCAGACGGCGUAUAUUACAUCAGCAGAGGGUGGAGAAAGUUCUGUCGUGAUAACAGAUGCACCAACGGAGAUUUGUUUGUGUUCAACGUGGUUAGAGACGGGACGACAACUCCAUUACUGUGUGUAUGUCCGGAAAGGAAGGAGUGUACUGAACUACUGAUCAAGCACUUCAGCAGAAUCGAUGGUAAGUCUUCUCAUUUGACUUGUUUGUGUUGUCUACAUCUUCAAUGUUACUACUUUGCUUCUGCUUUAACUUGUGUUCUCUUCUUCUACAGGUAGCAUUGCUUCUACCUCACGAAAUUAGAUGGCUCUUUUACGGUCUUUCCUCUCUAUCAUCUUAACUUGUUUCCUUUUGUUUCAUUAGCAACUUAUCAACUUAUGUAUUUCGGUUUGUAAAACUUGAAUGGUUUUUCUAUGUGAACUUUUAUCCUAAGUUAAACAUUCUCGAACUUAAUUCCUUUGUUGAAUGCGUAGACUGAUCAUCGAACAAAAUGUUUCUAUGAAUUGAAUUUAAGUUAAGAAACAACAUAAACUCCAAAACUCUAACAUAGCUUUUCUACAUCUGAAAACACAAACUAAAAUAUUAUAACAUAUCUCAAAACCAAAACUUAAACUCCAAAACUAAAACAUAGGUUGAAUAAAGUGUUUUCAUAAAUUUUAUAAUAUAUUUUAAUAUUUUAUUCAUGUAUUCUGAAUAAUUUUAAAUUUAAAAAAAAAUAAAAAAUAUUAUUAUUUUAUUCCUAUGAACUCUUUCUUCGGGUUCACUAAUGCAGAAAACAACAAAUUCGGGUUCAUAACUGUUUAUGGACCCACAAAAAAAUAUUAAAAAAAUUUGGUGAACCCCAAAGUGGGGUUCACCAAUGCUCAUGCUCUUAUAUUACACGGACAAGUAAAAGUUCUUAUAUUGCCGACACUAUCACCUACCAAGAAACUACAUAUUAAUCACUUUGUUGACAAAAAAUACUAAUCAACUUUACUCCCAAAAUUUACUUUAGAAACUUCAUUUAGUUUUUGUGAAGAACUACAUUAUGGAAUCAUUAUAUGUGAAUUUGUUUUAUAAUUCACAUAUGUUGUAAAUAAUUAAUUAUUAUACAUAAUAAAAAUACAGAUUAUAUAAUGAUAUAAUUAACGAUUUAUCAAUGUUUAAAAAUCAUUUUAGUUUGGUUUAGUUGAUUUGAAAAAGGAAGUUUAAGAUGAUUAGAAUGAUUAUUGUCUACAGGUAAGCCAAAUAUAGAUUGUAAAAUGAUAUAAUUAACUAUUUAUCAAUGUUUUUUUUUAAAUCAUUUAGUUUGGUUUAGUUGAUUUGAAAAAGGAAGUUUAAGUUGAUUAGAAUGAUUAUUUUCUACAGGUAAGCCAAAUAUCCGAAAUAAAGUUGUUAAGCCACACCGGCUGGUUGACCAAAAUAUUCUUAGUCUAUAUAGUCUUUGAAACCGGAUUAGUGCCUUUCUGUUCGGUUUAUAUUUAACCAAACCAAAACUCCAAAUAGGUUAAUCAUACUUCAAACUCAAGCAACUAAGUUCCAGGACUUUGAAAGUUGCACUUGUCUACAGAACUCUCAACAUAAUCUCACACAACCCUAAAAUAAUAACUUUUUAUACGUUUAUAGAACGGAGUCCUUUUAGAACUCACAACAUAAUCUCCGUCACCACAAUCUCUCACAGACAAUCUUUAAUGACACGGAAGAGUUUAUAAUCUCUACAGAUAAAGCAAACAACGAGAUUGUUACGUGGAACGCACGAAUCAUUCUUUGUUACUUGUGGAACAAGAGAUA